AUGAAUGCAUUGAAAAUUGGUGUUUUAAUUUGCGUUUUGGUGACCGUUAAUGCACUAAAAGAUGUUUUCUAUAAUCCUAUAUUUGAUGGAAUUAAGCUAGAAUAUUACGAUAAGCAUUUGGCGAAAAAUGCAGUUUUCAAUUUCCAGAAGGUUAACAGAACCAGUUCAGUUUUGAAUUUGGCUUUUGACUUGACUGAGGAUUUGAAUGGCCGGAAAAUAUUCGGUACAUCAAAAAUUUAUUUUUUCAUGAGCAACCAGUGGCGUUAUAGCGGUUUCCACUUCGACUACAACGUAUGCGAACAAUGGCGAACCAAUUUGUUCGGUGUCCGCCUAUUUUUAAAACGGUUUGGCAAUUUGGAAGCAUGCGACAUCAAAAAAGGUCACUAUUAUUUAAACAGCUUCCUACCGGACAUCACUCAAUUCCCCAAAAAGGCUCCGAUCAAUCUCAAUAUGAAGUACGAGAUUGACGUGUUCCACGAAAACAAAACCAGGAUACUUUUAUUCUCUUGGUAUGGAAGGACCAUUGAAAAACAAUCUUGA